UUCCACUUUCCAUCAUUGUCCCAUACCUUCUGUUCCGUUUCCAAUUUUUUUUCAGCCACCAUAUAAAAACAACCCAUAUUCAAUAUCGAAAUGAUCUCGAUCAAUAAAUCUUAAUUUUAUUAAGGCAUAAACUCAUUUAUCAUACAUACAGUCGGAGAUAUGGGUGUCGAUCUUGAAUCUAUAUCAGAAGCAACCUCAGGUGCCAUUGGCUCCUUAUUGAGUACAACGAUCUUGUACCCUCUUGAUACCUGUAAGACCAAGUACCAAGCUGAGGUUCGUGUCCAUGGCCAGCGGAAAUACAGGCACCUUUCUGAUGUUUUAUUUGAAGCUUUAUCCAAUGGACAAUUUCUUUCACUAUACCAAGGCUUAGGCACAAAAAAUCUGCAGUCUUUCAUUUCACAGUUUGUCUAUUUCUAUGGGUACAGCUACUUUAAAAGACUAUAUGUGGAAAAAAGUGGUUCUAAAAAAAUUGGAACAAAAGCAAACUUGGUCAUAGCUGCUGCUGCAGGGGCUUGCACUGCCAUUGUGACUCAGCCCCUAGAUACAGCCUCCUCAAGGAUGCAGACAAGUGCCUUUGGCAAAUCAAAAGGACUUUGGCAGACAUUGACAGAGGGCACUUGGAGCGAUGCAUUUGAUGGCCUUGGCAUCUCUCUUUUGCUGACCUCAAAUCCUGCAAUUCAGUAUACUGUGUUUGAUCAACUCAAACAAAGACUUCUCAAGGGACAGAAAAAUGCAGCUGACAAGAGUUCCUCUGCGGAAUCCCUUUCUGCCGUCUCAGCUUUUGUUUUGGGUGCAAUUUCAAAGAGUAUUGCCACCAUCAUUACAUAUCCUGCAAUCAGGUGUAAGGUAAUGAUUCAAGCAGCAGAUUCGGAUGAUGAUGGAAGUAAGAAGAUCAAACAAAAAUCCAGCAAAACAGUGCCUGGAGUCAUCUUAGCAAUUUGGAGAGGAGAAGGACUUUUGGGCUUUUUCAAGGGAUUGCAAGCUCAGAUCUUGAAAACCGUACUGAGCUCGGCAUUGCUGCUGAUGAUCAAAGAGAAAAUUUCCAGAAGUACUUGGGUUCUCAUACUCGCUGUCAGACGGUAUCUACUGCUUAACAGGGGUAGACUAAAAAGUGCCUGAUUGUAAUACACCAUUGACAUACUUUAGUUCUUUGUAAAUAGCUUGGCUUUACUUCAUAUCAAGAACAUAGAUGGAUUUUAUGAGAGCCAGGUUUAAUUCCUAAAAUAGGAAGGUCAAAUGGGAAAGAAUAAAUAGCCCAAGUUGAAUGAUAAGUUGGCAACUGUUACUGAAUCAGGGCUACAUAUUUUAUACUGGGGUAAGGCAGUAUGCAAGUAAUAACCUAAUGUGGGAAUUCUUACUCUGGAAAGAGACAGAUUGACAUUUGUAUCAUUUAUGAUUUAAUGUUUCAUGAAAUUCAGUUUUUUCCUUAUUGUA